CACCGGUUGCAUGUAUCACGGUCGGACCACGGUGCGACUGAGCACCAGAUGUGGUUUUGUUGCGCAUGUGGGACAAUCAGGUGAACAAUGCGCUCAACGUGACGCAUUUGAUGCUGGGUGCGGAAGGGCUACUGGCCCUGCAGCAGCUGGGUGUCGAUCCCUCAGUGGCCUUGGAGGCCAUCAACGGCUCCAGUGGGCGAAGCCUGCAAACUGAGCAGCGGCUUCCACAGGAAGUCUUGACUCGACGUUUUGGCUAUGGCUUCAAGCUGCCUUUGAUGGCCAAAGACUGCCGCAUCGCCGCCGAAGUCUUGGAGACCUUGCCCAGCUCCCAGCUGCUGAGUCGUUCCACCCAAAUGGUGCAGGAAUUUGCCAAGGAGCACGGGGCGGAUGCGGACUACACCUGUGUAGUCAAAUCCAUCGAGAAGUUUGCGAAGACCGAACUCCGCCCUGGGCGUAGCAAUCUCUGAUUUUGUUUAGGCCUACGACAUCCUACGGCCAUUUCCGGCACCCCAACAUCCUGCAACACUAAUGGCAC